CACCACUAAGGAAGAAAUCACACAACCAAGACAACUGUCGGCCAUGCAAGUUACCAAGGGAGUUCGACGGGGCGAGCCGACAUUAUUAGCGACUUUAAAGGAGGAAAGCCCGCCCGUCAACAAAGAGGAGGACGUGCCACCGAUCAUCCAAACCGUCUUGAAGGCCAGCCAAGACGUGAUGCCACCGAAUUUGCCCAACAAGCUUCCACCUAGGAGGGAGGUGGACCACGCCACCGAGUUGGUCGAGACGGGGGAGAUCCGACCAUCGAAGGCAAGCGUUGUGGCCGACGCAUUGAGUAGAAAAGCCGAACCCGCAACGAUUAGCUCGACAAGGGGGAACUUGGCCGACAUGAUCCGAGAAGGGCUCGAACAUGAUCCAAUGACCAAGGAGCUAAUUCGACUCGUCAAGGAGGGCAAGACGAGAAAAUUUUGGGUAGAGGACGGCCUACUCUACACAAAGGGGCAACGACUCUUUGUUCCGAAGUGGGGCAGCUUGAGGAAGGACCUCAUAAAGGAAUGCCACGACACCAAGUGGACGGGGCAUCCGGGCCAAAGGAGGACAAUGGCGUUGCUCGAGACGGCCUACUUUUGGCCUCACAUGCGGGACGGUGUCGAUGCAUGUGUGAAGACUUGUCUUGUUUGCCAACAAGACAAGGUGGAGAAUAAACAACCGGCAGGGCAGGAGCCUCAUCAAAUGAAUUACCCAAGUACGAGGCAACGUGGAAGACGAAGGAAGACUUGUGAAAAUUUCGAGAUCGUCUCCACUUGUUCGAGGCAACGAGGACGUCGCCGGAUUAGGCGGGGGAGGAUGUCACGGCCCGCGAGUUUUGACCCAACCCCUUGCCGAUUUCCCUUGGGUUGGGGAGGUUACAAAGAGUCCAAGUUGUAGCCCAAGUAGGGUUAGGCCCAAGUUGGCCCAAUUGUAUAGUGGUAGGUAGAGCUAUUUUUGGUAGGUAGGGUAGGUGGUGGUAGGUAGAGACAAUCAAGGGAUUGUUCCACUCCCAUCCGUUAGAUUAGAUCGAUCUCCACCGUCCAUUGAGGAGGUGGUCUUGUAUAAAUAGAGCAUUCGAGCAACACAUUCGGGAGAGGCUGACUUAGCUAUCGCGAGGGGCGAGAAGGAGCUAAGGCCGCACGGUUCUUUGUUAAGGGAACAAGUCCGUGACAGCGC